UGUUUUUUCAUUAUAUCAAUCUGAAACUAUUGUUGGCUAACAAAAUAGUUAAUGGAAAAAUAAGACAUUUUAUUGGGAUUGCAUCAAAAAUCCCAACCAUUCAUCAACACUAAUCAUCUUUAUUGUUAUUCGACGUCUAUUGAUGUUUCCAACAACUACACAGAAUAUAUUGGAAAAUGAUAAUUUGUGUGAUGGUGGGCAAAAAUUUUCACAAGAAAAUAAAAAUUUGUUAAAAUGAAAAGAAGACAUUGAUCAUAACCGUAAUCCUUGUUGUCAAACUAGUAUUCGACGACGAUAAAGAGAAAAUUUUGAGGAUCAACCCCCAAGUAGAACUUAAAGAGUAAAACUCUUGAAUCUUUCAAAUGAAAAGAGAAAAAAUGAUUUUCCCAAUAAAAUUGCUUUUCUUUUCAUUCUUUUCUUUAUCUUAACAUUGUCAAAAACGAAGCUUCAUUUGUAUGAGAUUUUGAAUUUCAUCCGUUCGGUGCCCGGUUCAUUGUGUUAUGUUGCCAUGUGUGCGCGCGUGUGUGUGUGCAUGUGUGUGUUUAUGGUUAUAUAACCUGUUGACCUGAAUUAUUGUUGCAAAACUAGUUCAUAUUUUGUUGUUUAUUACCUGGGCUCGUCGUUUUCAAUUUUCUAUUUCCUAAAUUUCCAACAUAUGAACAUGUUAAAUUAUGCGGAACAAGCAACAAUAGCAAAGCUAAUCAUUAUUAUAUACAGCUCUCAAUCAUCUCUUCAUCAGCAAGAUAAAUUGAACCAACAAUAAACCGAUCGACCGACCCGUAAAUAGAUGCUUUGUCAUCAUCAUCCCAUAUAUUCAAAUGGAAAAAUGAAUGAAUCCAUAAAUUAUCAAUCUAUGGCUAUUGCUAUUAAAUCUUGGACAUUAUAAUGAAAACAUUGGUCGAUCAUCAUCAUCAUUAUCAUCCAUUUAAAUAUAGAAACCAGUCCUAUUGUGCUUUUUAAUAAACAACAUGAAAACAGGGAAAUCGGAACAAGUCUCUCUUUUGAAAGAUAUUUUCGGUAAUUACAUUUAAAACUCAUAGUAUUAAUAGUGAAAGGAAGAAAAAAGAGAAGAGAGAAACUUUCGCUUUUUAGCAUGUUUCCUGUGUCUGCAUAUUUUUCGAAGUCCUAUUCACAUUCAUUCGCACAAUUCGUCGAUUAUCAUUUCCUCGAUUUUUAUUUUAUUAACUAUUUCUACCAAUGCUUUUUUGUCCACAUUGAAUAUCAUUGAGUGAAAACGAAUUAGAUUUCAUUUUAAGGCAUUCAUAAGCAUAAAAAUGCUCAACAUGGAAGAUCUUGACAAAAUACCAGAUAUUUACGGAUUUCUUACACCCGAAACAACGAUAAUGGCAACUACCACUGACGAAAUCAUCAUUGAAACAAAUGAACAUCAAUUAUCAUCAAUAAGUAAUGUUGAAUCGGAUUCAUUGAUAUCUACAUUAUCGCCAUCACCGAUGACAACCAACCAGAAUCGACAUUCAAUCGGAUCAUUAGAAACAAUUCCGAAUUCUAAUAAUGAUGGUCUUUUAUCACCCACAUCAGCGGCAAUUAAGAAUCAAACUGAAUCACAAUUUUUCGAUUUUAUAUUUUUCUUCUGUUCAUUGUUGGAUUUUUUCAUCGUGCAGCCAAUGAAUUAUUUCACAUCUGAAGAAAAUGUUUCUAGUCUCCCAUUCUAUUUCAGUAGUUGAAAGGAAUGUAAUGAGAAUUGAUCCAAAAAAAAGAAUUGAUCGAAAUCCACAAUGAAAAAAUUAAUUUUUUUAUUCACAUUUCUUUUAUUAAUUAUUCCACUAACACUGUAUCAUA